GAUGGGACUUCAUCACCAAAUGCAGAAAUCAUCACACUGUUUUUGUGUUAAACCACUUCGAAAGUCAUAAUAAAUCAUCGCUCUUGAAUUUUCUCGAGUCAAUUCCAUAUUCUCAACGACUAAACAAGUUUGACAAAACCUUGUGACAAGACCGAGAAUCUUUUUUAAAAUAAAUAAAUGGUAUUCGAUUUUUAAAACCAAGGAGUUUCAAUUAAAAAGAUUUUAAUAUGACAGGAACAGUGGAAAUAUUCCAUUCCCGAUACUUUUAGUGCAGCCUAUGAAUCUUUCUUUGCAUCCUACCCGUAGGGACUGGUUUACUUCUCGCCGGAUGAUCCCAGCGCUGUUGCUGAGUCUGUCACUGAUGUGGUGCUAGAGGGAAUGUACAAGAACUAUUUAUUCCAUCAUCUGUGGUACCAAUCGGAGGCAGAUCUCAGCCAGGUCUGGGCCACUGGCCAAGGGCCACUGGCCAAGGGCCACUGGGCCUUGGCCAGCUUGGUCGCUCCUGUAAGACUGCAUUACGCAGUAAGCAGGAGUGUUAUCAGGCCUGGGCUGACACUUUCGCGGCUUGGGAUGUAAACACCAGCGUGCUUAAAAAGAAGUAUAACUUUACCUCCAAGUCCUUCAAAAGAGUUAUUGCCAAGGCAAAGUAUGAGCACAUUGGCAGAAUUGGCGAGAAAUUAGUCCGCCUUCCUUCGGGAACCCGUGCAUUUUGGUUUGCAGUUUGGUGUUACUAUGCAAUUAUGUCCUCUACACUGCAGUUUGUAAUUGUGACAAGGAUAUAUUACGGUUGGUCGACCUGUGUUUGUCUCAUUCCUGAUAAUAAUUAAUUGCGUAAGCAAGAGAGCAAGUUGAACAUUUUAGGCUCCUUUUUUGUGUCCAAAUCGACUCUCGAUGACGGGGGCAAAUACACCGCCGACCAUCCCGCAGUGUGAGUGCUCUAUGCCUGAAGUGUGAUCCACAAGUCGAGUGGGCGUGACGGAAUCCAUCCAAUUAUGCUGACGACGUGCGCUCCAGAGUUGGCACUGGUUCCAACGCGUCUUUCCCGGUACUCCUACUCCCUAGGCAGACAGUCAGACAGCUUACCUGCACCCGAUCCCUAAAAAAGGUAACCGCUCUGAUACGUCCAACUACAGGCCUAUCGCCAUCACCUUGUUCUCGAAAAUAAUGGAGUCCGUUAUUAACUGCCAGCUCAUGCGGUACCUUAAAGCACCAGCUGAUUAGUGACCGCCAGUAUGGUUUUCGUCGGUGUCGCUCAGUUGGUGAUCUUGUUGUUUACCUAACACACAGAUGGGCGCAGGCGAAUGAGUCUUAAGGGGGAGGCUUUGGAGGUUAGUUUGGACAUAGCGAAGGCCUUCGAUCGGGUUUGUCACAAAACGCUUCUUUCGAUGCUUCCUUCCUAUGGACUUUCCGCGAAAUUUUGCAAUUGGAUCACCAGUUUUCUGGCUGAUCGGAGCAUCAAAGUCGUAGUAGACGGUGCAUGCUCCGAUUAUAAGCCUAUUAACGCUGAUGUUCCACAAGGCUACGUGCUAUCACCAACGCUGUUUCUUCUGCGUACCAAUGACAUGUUGCAAACCGGUAACUUUCAUUGCUAUGCGAACGACAGCACUGGUGAGGCUAUACACCGGCCGUGCAAAUAUUUCUCGGGAAAACAUCGACGAGUACCGGAACAAACUUGUGUCUGAAGUCGAGACUUUGUUGAACAAAGUCUCGGAUUGGAGUCGACUAAAUUUAGUCCAAUUUAAUUUCCAGAAAACACAGGUUUGCGCGUUUAUGGCUAAAAAGAACCCAUUUGUCCUAUCACCUCAGUUUCAGAGCACUUCUCUUGUUGCCUCAGCCAGUAUUAGGGAUCCUCGGCGUCGAAAUAUCGAAUGACGUGCAGUUUCGUGGUCACUUGUAAGGGAAGGCCAAAUUGACCUCUAACAAGCUUGGCGUGCUCAGCAGAGCGAGACAGUAUUUCAUGCCGGCACACCGCCUACAACUUUACAAGGCGCAAGUUCGGCCUCAUACGGAAUACUGUUCUCAUCUCUGGGCCGGAGCACCCCAGUGCCAGCUCCUUCCACUUGACCGUAUCCAGCGCAGAGCGGCUCGAAUCGUCGACGACCGAGUUCUUUCCGAUCGGCUUGACUCACUAGCGCUUCGAAGAGAUGUUGCAUCUCUUUGCUUAUUCUAUCGUAUCUACCAUGGGGAGUGAUCAGAGGCAUUGUUCGGACCGAUUCCAGCCGCUCAAUUUCACUAUCGCACAUCGCGAUUGAACUCGAAAUACCAUCCGUACCAUCUGGAUGAUUGGCGAUCCACUACUGUGCGUUUUAGCAGAAGUUUUCUUCUUUGCACAACUUCCUUGUGGAAUCAACUACAACCAGCAAUUUUUCCGGACUGAUACGACUUAGGGACCUUCAAGAAAAGAGCCUACUCUUUUUAAAAAGUACGGCAACGCAUCUGCAACUUCCCUGGUGUUGCAGUCGUUCAUGGACGACGGUGGUCACUUACCAUCAGGUGAGCUGUUUCGCACCGAGCUAGAUAAGAGUUCGGCGUCCACGAGAGUGUUGACCCUAUUGUCAGCUGAUUUUAUUUUAAGUUUCACUGCUGGUUUUAUGUUUAAGUAUUUUCAUGAUUUUUUUAUGAAAUUAUCGUUUCAUUUAGCUGUACUAACAUGAUGGAGCGUGAAUAAAGUUAAUAAAACGUUGUGAACAGAUGAUUUUUUUUCCUCGGGAUCGAAUUUCUUUCUGACCCAUCAUCAAAAGUAUAGUUAGUAGUCUGUCUUCGUUUUCGGGAGCGUUUCACUAAUACCAGGUAUAUUUUGUGCCACGAAAUGGAUAUUUCCCCUCACAAUGAAUAGUUGAUCAUACACCUUGACCAUUCGGAUAUGCCAAGGAUUCGUGAUACUGCUGUCACGCUUGUUGUAGGAUUAUUUUCAAACGUUUGCAAAAUAAGCUCUUCUUCGUGAACAGGUCGGCCUGGAUUAGUUCCAGGUUCCUAGCGUUGAACCCUUCCUGUUUUAUCAAGGCGACGAUACUUAUCGUGGAAUAGUCUGACGUUCGGCACUCGACGAUCAAGAUAACGAUCUUGAUGUAAACAUUGUGCCAAAGACCCAUUUCCGUUGGCUUUGCCGUACUUGAGAACGAUAUCAGCGGUCUCUUCAUUGGUGAAAGAACUCAUUUUAUCCCCAAAAUUGUUCAAAAAUUUCCAAAAAACACGUAAUCACAAGUGUAGCAUCUCUACGUUAGGACAGAUGGCGGAGCUUCAACUUAGCACAGUCAACACACAAUAAAAGCUUGGAAUUAAAAGUAAAUACGUCAAAGCGCACGAGUAGUCGUAGCUAGAUUAAAGAAAAAUUAAAUAUAUUUAUUAGAAAUCACUCCACGCCCUAUGAGUGCGCUAGUUGAGUAAGGACUCUUAAUAACUUACUUAAACCAAAAGAGCUGAUGAUUUUAAAACAACUAAACAGAUUUUCUUGAAACAUUGCAAAGAACACUCGAUUAAAACACCUUACAAACGAAAAAAAAACUAAAUCAAAAUCGGUUCAUCCGUUCAGGAGCUAUGAUGCAACAGACAGACAAACAGAUUCACACACUGUGUCGGAUUUUGUCGGGACGGAAUCAAAGGCUUUCUCAUAGUCCACAUACGCAAGACAUAGAGGCAAAUUGUAGUCUUUGGUCUCCUGUACAAUUUGCCUCAACUCGUAGUUAAUAAAAAAUGUAUUGAAAAAAAUAUUUUCAUUUCAGUAAAAGACUGGCUUGCUUUAUUGCCUCCAACUCUUGCUCUGGGGGGCAUUUCAUAUUAUUCAUAUCAAACAAUUAAAAAAGCAAAAGAAGCUGGUAAUGGUCAAGUAAAUCCAGGCAUCAAGAAAGAUGUAAACAAAGUGGUUGAUUUUAUUGAUAUUGAAGAUAUAACAGAGAAGGCAGCCUUAUGCAGGUGCUGGAGGAGCAAAAAUUGGCCUUACUGUGAUGGCGCUCAUGGGGCUCACAAUAAAGCAACGGGGGACAACACCGGACCAGUUGUUGUAAGACAUAAGGAGAAUAAGUAAACAUGUGCAUCACAUUAGUUAUUGAAAAUACAUGAAUGUCAACAUGAGUGAUAAAAAUGUGAUUUUCUUAGGAUAGGCAUUCUUGACACUUAGUGAUUAAAUUACUUCUGAUAAAAUCACUGCAUUUGGUGAGCAUUUAAAAAUAAUUCGUUGAACAGUUUAAAUAACUUAGAAAAUUUGUUUAAGGGCAGUUAACAACAGGUUCAUCUCAAAAGUGUAAAGUAUGCCUGUAGUUUAAGCUUAAAUUGUUAUAUUUUAAUCAUAAAUCAAUGGGAAAAAGGUGUCAGAAUAAAAUCAUUUUAUAAUAUUAAAAAUAAUUUAUUUAAAAACAUCAAUUUUCAAUUUACAAUUUUUUUAAUUACAUCCUAUUCUUUAUACAAUGUUUUAAGAAUUUAAUGGAACGAAAUGCCUUAUUGAACAAUUUACAAUAAAAUUUUAUUC